ACAACUCAACAUUUCCCUUCCAAAGUAGAACCAUACAAAAUGUCAGAGCUCGAAGUAGAAAAGCAAAUAUACUAUGGCAACUGCCAUUGCGGUGCUUUCAAAUACUCGGUCAAACUUGCGCCGAUGAAGAAGGCUUCGCGAUGCAACUGCAGUAUCUGCACCAAGAAAGGAUACCUCUUUGCAGUGCCGGAGAAGCCAUCCGAUUUCGAAGUCGAAGCUGGCGAAGGUGUUCUCAAGACCUACUCUUUCGGCAAUGGUAUUGCAGAACAUAAGUUUUGUCCAACAUGCGGCUCAGGCAUCCUCGUCGAGGCAGCAAAAUACAACAUCCUCGUCAUUAAUAUAAACACGCUCAAACACGGUUCUUUCGACAUUGACAAUCUCGAAAUCAGUACAACCGAUCGAGUGAACGUGGACCCAAUCUACGAACCCUUCACCCUGUCCCCAUCCGACACUCCAGAAAUCCCCGAAGGACAGAAACUCUAUACAGGAAGCUGUCAUUGUCAAGCUGUGAAGUACACACUCACAUGUCCAGAGAUCAAAGAGGUUCGCACAUGCAACUGCAGCUUUUGCUCUCGUAAUGCCGAUAUGUGGAUAUACCCACCGAUUGCUUCUGUAGACAUGCUGGACACAGAGAAGAACUUGACAAAUUAUCUGUUCCAUCCCAAGCGCGCAUACCAUGGUUUCUGUAGUGUUUGUGGGGUGGAUGUGGUGAAUAGAGUCGACUUGCAUCCGACGUUCAAGGCACCGGUUAGGCCGAUCAAUGUGAGGACUAUUGAUGGGUUGAAAUUGGAUGAGCUUGAUAUUGACAAGGCGGACGGAUGGGCUUUGGAAAGUGGUCCUUACAAAGCUUACGAUGUUUGAAGGGCUGGCUGAGAGAGCAAUUCGAAGAAACACUUGGGAAGUAUUGGUCAUGAUAUAACAUUGUUCUGGUUGAGAUAUGGUCAUA